AUGGAUUUAAUUUCACAACAUGACGAUGAAGAGGGUUCUAAUGAGAAUUUAAUUCUUCAUCUUACAACAGAAUUUAAAAAGCCUUUUACAGGCUGGGACUUUUCAUAUCUUAAAGGUCGCAUGGAAGAAAAUUCCGGAUCUUUAGGUUGGAAUUAUGAAAAUACCGUGAGAAGUUUGUUACCACAUCAUAAAGGGCUUUUAGAUAUGGGAACUGGUAGUGGUGAAUUUCUUGCUUCUUUGAGUCCUUUACCUCCAGAUACAUGUGCAACAGAAGGUUGGGCUCCCAAUAUUGAUAUUGCAAGAAAACGUUUAAAACCUUUAGGAGUAACAGUUACAGUACAUAGGCUCCUUAAACAAAAUGGCAUAUUUGUGACACAACAAGUUGGAGAAAGGGAUAAUAUAGAAAUAAAUAAAUUAUUAGGUGCACCGGAACAUCUUGGUUAUCGUGAAUGGCAUUUAGAACAAGCUUGUAGUGAAAUGGUCAAGGCGGGAUUCACCAUACUUGAGAAACAAGAGGCUUUUAUAGAGACAAAAUUUUAUGAUGUUGGUGCAAUUGUUUACUAUUUAAGAGCUAUUCCAUGGCAAAUUGAGGAUUUUUCAGUGGAAAAGUAUUCUGAACAAUUGAUAAAUUUACAUCAUAAAAUUCAGAAUGAAGGUUACCUUUCUGUAGAAAGUCAUAGAUUUUUCAUAAUUGCAAGAAAAAUUUAA